AUGACUUUAAAAUACUUUUCAGCCUCCUACUCUAUUGGAAAUGUAGGCCUAUAUGAAAGUCUUCAACAUUCACCUACAGAAGACCCUGAAUAUUUACCAUUUGUUGAUGGCUCAUCAGUAAAUAGAAACUCAGCCGACCCUGAAUAUUUGACGUUUGUUGAUGGCUCACCAGUAAACAGAAACUCAGCUGACCCUGAAUAUGUAACUAUUGUGGAUGACCCACCAUCAAGUGGGAACUCGGACGAUGUCUCAUCCCAGAUACAGCCUGCUGUAACAUCUUUAGAAAAUGUAGCUGCCAAGCUGACAAUUAUCAUACCCAAUACACAGCUAGCAAAUGAUGCCGUUCUAAUUACCAUCACAAAUAACUUAACUGUUGGUACAGUUGUUUAUCUGUUUCCAAAUACUUGGGCUUUUAAACCAAACAAACCCAAUGACAUUAUUGUGACAGUGAAUAAGUCAGAAAGGAAAGUGGAAAUCAAUAUAAAAUCUGUUAGAGCUCAAGAUGCUGGCAACUAUAAAUGUUUUCAUGGCUCAAGUGAUGUUGCUCUAGAUAACUGUGGGCAGAUGCUGAUUGUCUUACGCAAACCCAAUCCCCCAGUGAUUACAGUAUUGUCCAGCCCACUGGAAGGUGAAACACUUAAACUCUCUUGUACAACAAACUCAUUGGCUCUACCCCCUGACCAUGGUCUUCCCACUCUGGUUUGGUGGAUGGACCAAAAUGGAGUUUACCUAGUUUCAGGAUCUAAACCUAGAAUCAACAUAAAUGCUAAGAAUGAAUUAGAACUCAGUUCUGUCCAGCGAACAGAUAAAGGCCAAAAAUUUUCAUGCAAGUCUGCUGAUGGAACUAUCGACUUCCCUAAAGAAAAACUUCUUGAGUCAGCUUCAAGCAAUGUUUAUGAAGUGAUUCCAGAAUAUAAACCCCUUCUAGCUGAUAUGACAAUAACACCAGCAGUUUCUAGCGAUGGCCAGAUUUCUAAAAACAUAGGAGACCAAAUCAGUUAUACUUGUGAUAUUUCUUGUUAUCCUGUUUGCGAGGUCAAGUGGUUAUUUAAAGCCCAUGGCAAAACAAGCUUUGAUCCCAUGCCAUCACUAGUAGACACUAAAGUUUUGACAUUAGGAGUGAGUCGGUCCAGUCAUGGAGUCUAUAGGUGCAUGGGGACAAACCCUCAUGGGUCAGUUCAAAAAGAUUUCAAUCUUAAUGUUCAAUACCUGGAGUCCCCUAGAAUGAGUAUAAAUGACAAACAAAUAAGCAGUGAUAAAAUUGUGGAAAGAGAAGCAGCUAUUCUACAAUGUACAUUUGAUGCUAACCCAAAACCGCAUAUUAGAUGGUUUCUUCCUAACGAUGAAGAAAUAGUUGUGUUUGAACUCAACUCCAUUCCUCAAUUGAACACAGCCAGUUCAGGUAUACUAGAGCAUCUCUACACCAGUAAAGCAAAAAUAAAUGAUCUCAGGUGUGAGAACAGUGGUGUGUACAGAUGUGAGGGAAGUAACUCUUUGACACAAGUUGAGGGCAGGAUGGAGUUGUCUGUCAUGUGUCCACCAACAAGUUCCAGUGUUUACACAGACUUAGAACUUAAACCAAAUUAUGUUUGGGAAAUCCCCAAAUCUCUCAGUUUUUCUUUUGUGAUCAGAGGUUUCCCAGAACCAACUGUUCAAAGGGUUGUAUCUGACGUCAAAGGAAGUAAAAGACAGGAGAAAAUUCCAGAGGACGUCGAGUUUACUAAAGAAAGCAAAUAUGAUGGAAAACCCUACAUGACAAAAUUCACAUUUUUUAGCCGCAGAAAGUUAGAUCAAACUGAUAUGGACAGGGAGUUUACAGUAACUUUUGAAUCCAGUGAAUUUAAAAGAGAUUUAAAGUUUGUUAUCAGUCCUAGGGGUCCACCACAUGUUGUCACCAAUAUAACAAGUGUUGAUGUAAAACAUGAUUCUGUGAAAAUUUUCUGGAUCUCUAGCUUUGAUGGAGGAGAAAAGCAAACAUUCUCUGUACAUUAUCGGCCAUACUCUAGCAAAAUGGAUGGUGAAUGGAGUGUUGCUGUGGAAAACAUUAAACCAAUAAUGGCGCUAGAAGUCUGGAAUGAGGCAAUAGUGAAAUCUCUGUCUGCAAGUACCGAGUAUGAAAUGAAAGUUGUGGCCAUCAAUGUGUUAGGACAGGCUGAAUCUGAGCCACUGCGGAUUAAAACUACAGCUGCCCCUGGUGAGCCCCUGUCUGCUGGAGCUAUUGUAGGAGUUGUUAUUGGAGUUCUGACCUUUAUUAUCAUUUUUCUUGUCCUCUACCUCCUAGUUUUGAGAAAGAAAUUAAGAGAAGAAAAGACAACUUCAAGUACAACCACAGAGAGUAGGGCCCCACACUUUUGCCCAAUCUUCCCAGACUGUUUGUUGACAAAAAAAGGAAAGGAAACAAAUGUCCCUGACCCGGAUUAUUUAAUCAUUGUUGAUUCUCCACCAACAAGAAAGAACUCAGUGUGUGUAAACACCGACGAACCAGAGUAUCUGAUUGUUGUUGAUAGCCCUAACACACAGCGGAGACUAAACGGAAAAGAGAAGACAACUGCAAAUAGAACUACAGAGAGUAGGGCUCCAGUAUUUUGUCCAAUCUAUCGUGGCUGUUUAGUGAGAAAGAAAACAUUGGAAAAAUAUGUUCCAGGCAAGUUGCCAGUUAAAUUGAUUGGUUACCCAAGUGCACUCUCGUAUGUUUAA